AUGACCUCAACGUCUCCGGCCCGCGGCUACACUGCCAACUCUGACGCAGCUCCCGACCCGCCGCCGCCGCUGUCGUUCGAGGUCGUCUCCUCCUCCGCCGACAAGCGCGAAGCCCUGCGCCUCGUUGCCGAUGCCAUUGCCCAGCAGCGCCAGGUCGCCUCCCUGGCCAUCAUCUUCCACCCCCUCUGCUUCGUCGCCCUCGCCGCCGCCUGCACCCUCGCCUGGCGCCACAACUCGCGCGACCUCGGCUCCGCCCUCAUGGCCGUCUCGGGCCUCGUCAUGGCCUACCUGGCCGCCGUACGCCUCUACACGUCGCCCUUCCUGAGGCUUGCCGAGACUUUUCACUGCGAUUCCUUCCUCGCCGCACCUCAGGGCCAGCAGGAUCUUGUCCUCGCCGCCCGCUUCGGCAGCGACAUCAUCGGCACCUUGGUAUUGCGUCUGCCGCAACGCCCUGCCGCUGAGGGCGGGCAGCCUUCCUCCAAGGUCAACGCGGGCGGCGGCGGCGGCCUCAUCCGUGCGUGGACAACCAUGCUCAGGUACCGCAACAAGAGCAUCGGCGCGGAUCUGCUGCGCUUCGCCGUGGCCGUCACCCGCAGCGCAUGCGGCGACGAUGCUCCCGUUGCCUUUGACCCGGAUCACGCCAACAGCCCCCUCCCGCUGUUGCGCAUAUUCACCCGGCCGUUCAGGAGGCGGGACGAAAAGGCGGCCAAGGCGCUGGAACAUGCGCUCAGAGACUGCGACGCAGGGCAGGGUCGCUUUGCACGAGGAGUUACCACGGACGGAUCAUGA